AUACACAGAGACAUCAAACCUGAUAACAUGCUCAUAGAUGAACGAGGUCACAUCAAACUCACCGAUUUUGGGUUGUCUCGAGUAAUAUUAAACGAAGAUCGAGAAGACGAUAAUUUGUUUUUCUCCGACACCGAGAUGAAAGCAAACAUGGAUGGUCCACGAAGUCCUAAAACUUGGUUUGAUGGCUCAGCUACCAGACGCACAGCGAAGAAACGCUUGGAAGACUCGACGCAGAUUCACCACUCGGCUUCCAGUUCAAUUUUAGCGGAAAAUCGCGCAAAUAAAUCAGGCAGCCCCCAGUCGAGAGUGCGUAAGGGAGUUAGGUCUACCCACUGGCUCAAUGGAUAUGGACAGCAGCUGCAGAAUAGUACGUCCACGACCGGUCUUUCGGCUAAGAGUCACCAGUACAGCGACUCUCCAAAUAGUAUAUUGUCUUCGCAUUCCCCAAGCAACUCCGGCAAUAGUCGCAGGAUGUCGUAUGGUAAAGGAGCCGCCAGCGUGCUCCCUUCAGCGCUCACAGAUGUCGCAAGAAAGAUCGGGGACACAUUCACAGGUAAAACUACUGCGGGAGGGUCGCACAGAGGGAGUGCGGUGAAAAAAGAUAGUAUGGCGAGUGCUACGAGUGCUACUGAGAGGAAAACUAUCGUCUCGAACAGGACGGAUAGCCUGGCUGGCAGGGAUAGCUCGAUGUCUGUGUCAUCCAACCCUACGUCGAAGCCGUCAAAAAGCGGACUUGGGAUGGGAAAGGGUGAGAUGGUGAAUGAAGAUAACACCCCCAAAGCAAAAGUUGUGACGGUGGUGUGGGAUGACUUCUAUGAUGAUGGGAGCUGCGAUAGUGCCCUAAUGGCCGCGACUUCAUCCUUGGGAAGGUACAACUCAUACGUUGAGGAAUCGAAUUCGAAGCACAAAGGUCUGGUCCCAACCGGUAACAAGCCUUUAGCCUCUGCUUCAGGUCCUAUAGGUCACAUAUUCGCCUCCACUCAGGCGCUCUCGUCUCUGCAGACUUCGCCUGUACUAGGCAUAGAAGACAAGCAGCCGUUGGAGGGGGCGCAGUCGGCCCCGAGUGCACAGCAACGAAAGAGUACCAGCAAAGAUAAUACUGCUGGCGGGAGUGCCUUUACACAGGCAUAUAUCCACAGCAGUGCUUCUCGCUUCAAUUUGUCCGAAAUGUCUUCACGAGUGAGCAGCCAGAGUUCAUUUGUUGGUAACAAGGAAAGCUCGAUUGACCAUAUGGAGCAGGGUAGUGAAAGGGAGUACAACCGUACAUUGUCUGUAAGUGGAUCACCCGGCAAUCAGGGAUACACCCCGCAUGUGCAGCGUAGUGACGAACGUCGCGGUUCGAUAACACCUGAAAUGUCACAUAGAUACAGACCGAGCAAUAUCGUGGAGUUGAAGAAGUCUAAGUCGACAGGCUCCUUUGCUGUCGCCUUGGAAAAUGCUCAUAAGAGCAAACGAUCACCGCAAAGCCCCAAGGGAAGUCUCAACACAUCACACUCAAUGGCAAGGAAAGAACUUCUGAAGGCGACAAGCUUUGUUGGGAUAAGCGCUGAGAGUACAGGCUCGCCGCCUUUACAACGGAUGACCACAGACUCUUUCGACGCUCCCGUCCCAAUAAAGAAGAGUAUGAGCCGGUCCAACUUCAACGAUAUAACAUCCCCAGCGCCGUCUUUCAAGAGUAUAAAGGGGCAAACGCAAGCAGCGACGCAAGGAAAUUCUGGAGGCUUGCCUCUACAGAGUAGCAUGUCCCCACACAGUACCAAUGAAGUACCAAGUAUGAGCCUGGGCAGUUUUAACAAUUUUGUGGCUUCUAGCGGGGUGACUGACUACGGUGGUGUAACCACACAGAGAACUCGCAGUCCUGCGGGUAGUCUGUCACAGAAGAAAAGCAUGAAUCGAUCUAAUUUCAGCGAUGUAGUGCUUAUCGCGGAUGUCAGUAGUUCCAGCGGAAUACCUGCGACAACGCCUGACAAGCUCAACUCAAGGCACAUCUCGAUGGGUAUGGGCUCGCCCCCCGCUCCUGAUCGCUCGGUGGAAUCCAAGGCAACGGAAACACUCCGAUUGAAAGCGGGCUCAAUGUCGAAAAGCGCGUUCACUUUGGCGACACCAUCAUCGCCGCCAAAUGGGGCUAGCAUCAUUCGGCACAAAAGUAAUCAUGCGCGCACGGAAUUCAAUACCAGUACAAGCAACAUCAAUACAAGGAACGCUAACAUCAACCAUACCCACCACGAUCGUACCAACACCUCAACGUUUUACGCGCAAACAAACACUGACUGUGACUGUGAUAGCGAGACAGACACCGCGGGCAGCAUAGGGAAACUCAAUAUUUCUACUCCACCCCAUGAAGCUAUAAGCAAUUCGUCGACUAUCAAGACACAGCAAACACAACAGCCACAACAAUCACAGGCUACAUCGCCAGGACUCUCCCUGGCUGCUCUAGAGCAAAUAGACAGAGCAUUCGUAACACAGAAAAGCGCGGGCGGAAAUAACACUAUGAUGGUACGUUCACUCAGCCGGAACGCUAUGCCUAUAGAUCUAAGGCCAAUUGAGAAAGGAGAUGUUUUACUACCGCAAACUACAAACAGUGUUGGACCCAUUCAGUUACCCACGUUUGAUGGCGAGACACAAAAGCACUCUCAUGAACCAAUGACUUUGAAUGCUGAACUUACUGCACGGGCAAGUGCUAAGGGCAGACCCAAAGCUAAAGUUGUUGGUACACCCGAUUACCUGGCACCAGAGUUGCUGCUGGGUACUGGCCAUGGACCUGAGGUUGACUUCUGGGCACUCGGAGUAUGCUUAUUCGAAUUCCUGGUGGGAGCACCACCCUUCAACGAUGAAACAGAGGAAAGGAUAUUUCAGAAUAUAUUGAAUCACGAUAUUCCAUGGCCCGAUGUUCCCCAGGAAAUGUCCUUUGAAGCACUCGACUUAAUUACGAAGCUGCUCAGGAGGGACACCCGAUAUCGCUUAGAUGGAAAUCAAAUUAAGACCCAUGUAUUUUUUUCUAAAAAUGAAGUCAAAAUAAAUGAUAAUGAGGACGUGACUGGUCCUUUUGUGCCGCAACCCUCCAAUAUAGAAGACACGGGCUACUUCGAUGACAAAGGAACCUCCAUGACGGACCUACACAUGCAGGGUAGUACGAUGCUAGAUCAGAAACCGCCGGAUGCGUCUGCGUCUACCGAAAGUAAUAUAUUUAAGGAGUUUGACCAGAAGGUGACACACAACCUUCUCUCCAAAAACGACCACGUGUCACGCGAUCUACAACGUUCGCGUCAGACUCCAUUAUCAGCUAAACGGCAAGUGAUGUCAUAAAGUAAAAUCAGCCUUCGAUUGAUACUGAAGGUUGACUUUAGACACUCGAUGCCUUGUCCUACCACAUCUUGGUUUUGUAAAUGUAUGACAUGUGUAAUUACAUGUUGAGAUAGACUCUGUGUAGAAAAUUUCGAAUUUGGAAACGGCACGAUUGGCAAAAAGUUGUCUACUAGCUAUCAUACCUUAGACCUGAUGAAACCUCCAUAUAUUGCCCGGGAGCUACAAGGUCGGUGUGCAAACUACAUGUUAUUCAGAUGGGGCGCAUGUUCCAAAUUUGAAAUUGAGGAUAAAUAAAUUAAGUACCGA